AUGGAUCUCUCACUUCACGAAGUUGGAUCAGCCAGCCCUGAAAGCAGAGACAUACAAACACGGGUGUGGUGGAUCACGCUCUGGCCGAUCUUGAUGAGAGCGCAGGAAGCAAUGCUCAAGACCGGUGUCAUCGCUAAGGAGAUGGCAGAUGGCAAAGUCAAAGGCAGCCUUAUUUUACUACGCCAACGGGUCUGUGAGCUGGACUGUUUCAUUCUGGCCAUCAUCGCGGAUCUAGAUCAACCUCCCGAUUUGCAAACAGGCGAAGGAGCCGAUGCAGCUGCAGUUCUGAAUCAAUGGCUCAUGGCACGAUUUUUGGCUCACACGUGA